AUGAUGAGAGGCAACAAUGGUGAUAAUUUUUGUAAGGUUCUUUUCGUAAUUAGAUUCCGUACAUAAAGCCAAUGACAAUCAGAACAAGGAUUAAAUUAAAAAAGAUGAAAGAGAUAUGAAUGAAGAAGCAAACAAAGAAAUGUAAGCCAUAAUAAAGUAAAUAAUCGAUCAAGAAGGUAAUAAACCUUAAAAUAAAUGA